AUGUUUGGAGCUGUAUUUUUGCACGCAACGUUUCUCUUGCUGCCAUUCUCUGUUGAUACUCGUGACAUCAACUUCCCAACAGUCUCCGGCAUCAAAAGACUUCAACAGCCCCUGACUAACGAUGACGACGUCGAUAUCGCAACUGGUAGCGAUUUUUCUGGCCUAAUGACUUUUGCGAAUUUGCCAUACGCCAAUUGUUUCAGAGACUCGGAUGUGGACGCAUACGAUAUCGCCAUUAUGGGGGCACCAUUCGACACAGUCAGUACUCCUUAUCUAAUUCUACUCAUGAUACGGAGGCAGCAACGUAACCAGAGGCAGAAUUCUUAUAAGAGCUGGGCUGAGAUCUUAGACUGUGGAGAUGCCCCCAUAACCUUUCUUGACAAUACCAUUGCCUUGAAGCAGCUGGACAAGGCACACAAGGAGGAGAUCAUACAUACAUGGGAUCCGAAUGUUUUGGGUGGAGGAACCUUCCUCCACAUUGCGUAUGAGGAAGGCUUGAUACAAAACUCGUCCAUCCACGCGGGAAUCAGAGCACCUUUGAUAAGACGUAAGGGAGACAUACGCAACGACCUGCGCUGCGGCUUUGAUACUAUCAAGGCCAGAGAUAUUGACCGCAUUGGCGUGGACGGCGUGAUCAAGAGACUCAGGGAAAGGGUCGGUAAUACUAAGGUCUAUAUAUCCGUCGACAUUGAUGUGCUUGAUCCUGCCUUUGCACCAGCCACUGGAACAGCAGAGGUUGGAGGAUGGACAACAAGGGAGCUGCUUUCUAUUUUGGACGGUCUCGAAGGCACCAACGUCGUCGGUGCAGACGUUGUGGAAGUUGCUCCGAUCUACGACAAUCCAGGCGAAACAACAGUAUUGGCUGCAGCGGAGAUCGUCCAUUCGUUGCUGACCUUGAUGGUGCAAAAGCCGGUCAAGGCACCUUGA